ACUGCAAAAUCAUAUUAGAAGAGAAAAAAAUAUUAAAUAUGGAAAAAGAAUAUAUUGGUAAGGAAGAAUUUAUCAAAAUAAAAGACCAAGCCUUGAUUAUUGAUGUGCGGGAUAAAUUAGAACACCAAACUCUUAAAACAUUUUUGAAUAGUAUUAAUAUACCUUAUGAAAACUUAAUUAUUGAACCGGAAAAAUAUAUUUCUGACCAAAAUAAACUAAUUAUUAUUUAUUGUAAUUAUGGUAAUCGUUCAGGCAAGGCGGCAAGUUUUUUGAGAAGAAAAGGUUAUUCGCAAGUUUUUGUUUUAAAAGGAGGAAUGUAUGGCACUCAGUAA